AUGUCCACUGUAUCGACAGAUGAAUGUAAAAAAUUGACACAGAGAGUGUCGGUUCUCAACAAUGAAAAGUGUGUUGCACAGGCUAAACUGGAGGAAUGUCAGUCAAAGGAAGUGGCAAUGGGGCAGAAGAAUCAGCUGGAUGCCAAGGUAAAGGAGUUAAUUUCCCUACAUCGACAGGUGACUACCUUAAUGGAAGAACAGAAAACAGCAGCUGUUAGAUGGGAGACUAGCAAACAGUUUCAAGAUGGUUUGGAAAAGAGAGCUUCUGAAAUGAAACAAGAAAUAGAACAGUUGGAAGAACGAGUAGAGGUCAUGGAAAAAGAAAGACAAGAUUUGUUGAAUGAAAAUAUCAAAAUAUCAGAAGAAAGUCAUGCACUGAAUGCUGAUCUUCGGAAGCAGCUGUCAAGUCUGCAGAACGAGCUGCAGGAAGCUGUGGAGAAACGCGAGGUGGCCAUAGCUAAUGAGGAGUCGGCCAAGAGAGACUUCGAUGCGCAGAUUAAAAUAGUUGCUGAGGCACAAAACAAGUAUGAACGAGAACUGAUGCUUCAUGCUGCUGAUGUAGAAGCUCUGACAUCACACAAGAAACAGAUUGAAAAUUUCAAUGCACUGCUAACAGAAGCACAAGAAGUGGGUAAAAAAGCUGAACAAGAAUUAACAGAAUCACGGACAUCGUGGUUAGAACAGGAGCGCAUCAUGCGUGAAGAAUGCCGUUUAAUGGAUCAGCUAGUUCAAGAACUCACCCAGCAAAAUAAUGUCUUACAUCAACAGAAGGAGAAAAUCGCUGUUCAGGUUGCAUCUCAGCAUGCCGUGAUGAUGAAGAAAGUUGAAAUUCUCAAUCUACUGUCUGACAGUAACAAGACACUGCGAGAGGAACAAGAUAAACUACAGAGUCAGCUGCAAGAAGGUGAAACCAAAGUAAAGAAACUGGAAGCGGACAUUGCACUUUACCAAACAACCAUACGCACUCUUCAGGCCCAGAGAGACACAUUAGUCAGUGAGAAGAGUUCUCUGAUGAAUGAAGUUGAUCGGUGGAAGUUGCGAACAAACCACCUGAUAGAGCAGUCACACAAGGCAGAUCCCGAGGAACACAAGAGAGUCUUGCAAGAGAAGGAAACUAUGCGCCGACAGAUUGCACAGAGUAAUGAAGAAAAGUCAAAACAGAGUGUUGAGAUUACAAAUCUAAAAACUCAGCUACAAGAUGCUGAGGAGAAAGUCAAAACUAUUAACCAGGAAAUAGUGGAACUGCAGGCGUCAAGUACCAAACUGAAGGAAGAGAAUGUGGAAUAUGAAAAGAAGCAGGGUCAUUCAAGAGCUGCUUUUCAGACGGCCAAAAAUAAGCUGAUCAAUCAGAGGCAACAGUUGGAGAUGCUGACCCAUGAAAAUGCAAAACUGAAAAAGAAAGCAAAUUCUGCACUAAAAGAAGAGAGUGAGAUGAAAUUCAACAGUAUGAAGUCCCAACUGGAAAGUCGCAUCUGUAAGUUGGAGAGAGAUCUGCAGGAAGCAAAGGCGUCCUCUACGUCGGGUGAUACAUCAGACUGUCAACAGCAGUUGGAAGCAAAACAGAAGGAAAUCCACGAACUCCAAACACGGCUGAAGAAGAUUGGAAGGAAGUACAAAGAACAGACAGAAAUGCUCAACAAGUCGGUAGAAGAUCAGAAGAAAGAAUUAGAAAAUCAGAAAAAAGAAUUGGAAGAAGUGAAAAACAAAUCUGCCAGUCAGCAGGCUGAUCAGCCCAAUAUGGCUGCCCUGGAGCAGACGUCAGCGGAACUGAAGAGUAAGAUGAGUGCCUUGGAGAAAGAGAGGGAGGAACUAAAGCAACAGGUGAAGCAGAAAGAGAUGGACGUCACUGAAAUUAAGGAGGAACUGGAGAAAACUAAGAAGGAAAUAGUGGAACUGCAGGCGUCAAGUACCCAACUGAAGGAAGAGAAUGUGGAAUAUGAAAAGGAGCAGGAUCAUUUAAGAGCUGCUUUUCAGACAGCCAAAAAUAAGCUGACCAAUCAGAGGCAACAGUUGGAGAUGCUGACCCAUGAAAAUGCAAAACUGAAAAAGAAAGCAAAUUCUGCACUAAAAGAAGAGAGUGAGAUGAAAUUCAACAGUAUGAAGUCCGAACUGGAAAGUCGCAUCAGUAAGUUGAAGAGAGAUCUGCAGGAAGCAAAGGCGUCCUCUACGUCGAGCAAUACCUCAGACUAUCAACAGCAGUUGGAAGCAAAACAGAAGGAAAUCCACGAACUCCAAACACGGCUGAAGAAGAUUGGAAGGAAGUACAAAGAACAGACAGAAAUGCUCAACAAGUCGGUAGAAGAUCAGAAGAAAGAAUUGGAAAAUCAGAAAAAAGAAUUGGAAGAAGUGAAAAACAAAUCUGCCAGUCAGGAGGCUGAUCAGCCCAAUAUGGCUGCCCUGGAGCAGACGUCAGCGGAACUGAAGAGUAAGAUGAGUGCCUUGGAGAAAGAGAGGGAGGAACUAAAGCAACAGGUGAAGCAGAAAGAGAUGGAUGUCACUGAAAUUAAGGAGGAACUGGAGAAAACUAAGAAGGAAAUAGUGGAACUGCAGGCGUCAAGUACCAAACUGAAGGAAGAGAAUGUGGAAUAUGAAAAGGAGCAGGAUCAUUUAAGAGCUGCUUUUCAGACGGCCAAAAAUAAGCUGACCAAUCAGAGGCAACAGUUGGAGAUGCUGACCCAUGAAAAUGCAAAACUGAAAAAGAAAGCAAAUUCUGCACUAAAAGAAGAGAGUGAGAUGAAAUUCAACAGUAUGAAGUCCGAACUGGAAAGUCGCAUCAGUAAGUUGAAGAGAGAUCUGCAGGAAGCAAAGGCGUCCUCUACGUCGAGCGAUACAUCAGACUGUCAGCAGCAGUUGGAAGCAAAACAGAAGGAAAUCCACGAACUCCAAACACGGCUGAAGAAGAUUGGAAGGAAGUACAAAGAACAGACAGAAAUGCUCAACAAGUCAGUAGAAGAUCAGAAGAAAGAAUUGGAAAAUCAGAAAAAAGAAUUGGAAGAAGUGAAAAACAAAUCUGCCAGUCAGGAGGCUGAUCAGCCCAAUAUGGCUGCCCUGGAGCAGACGUCAGCGGAACUGAAGAGUAAAAUGAGUGCCGUGGAGAAAGAGAGGGAGGAACUAAAGCAACAGGUGAAGCAGAAAGAGAUGGACUUCACUGAAAUUAAGGAGGAACUGGAGAAAACUAAGAAGGAAAUAGUGGAACUGCAGGCAUCAAGUACCAAAUUGAAGGAAGAGAAUGUGGAAUAUAAAAAGAAGCAGGGUCAUUCAAGAGCAGUUUUGCAGACAGCCAAAAAUAUGCUGACCAAUCAGUGGCAACAGUUGGAGAAGCUGACCCAUGAAAAUGCAGAACUGAAAAAGAAAGUUACUUCUGCAGAUUCUGCACUAAAAGAAGAGAGUGAGAUGAAACUGGAAAGUCACAUCAGUAAGUUGAAGAGAGAUCUGCAGGGCGAUACAUCAGACUAUCAGCAGCAGUUGGAAGCAAAACAGAAGGAAAUCCACGAACUCCAAACACGGAUGAAUCUACUGCAGAAAACAUUGGAAAAUCACCAGAAAGCUCAGUCUCAAACACCUAGCAUAGCCGGGAGACCAGCUGCCUCGGCACAGCCAAGGUAA